GGUACUGUGCAAAGUUCGAAAAGAAAUAACAUUAUCAUCCACCAAACAUCGUAGUGGAAAACUUGAGCUCCGUUUUUACUUGCAGUCGCGCAAUGACUUCUACAAACUUCCGAAACACUACGUUGAAUGAGGAAAGAGUGUUCGGUAGCUUGAUAAACAAUCCCACUGGAGUGCUGCCGACCAGUCUUCCGCCUGCAUUACCACCAAGGCCCCAAUUUUCUGGUGGCGGGGGUGAUAUGAUGUACGGAAAUCGUUAUGGAUUCCCUGCCCAGUCUGGUUUUCAUGGAUACAGUCCGUACGGAGGGUUCUCUUCGAUGGAUUAUUACGGGCACCGUAACUAUGGUGGAUUCAUGGGACAAGGAGGCUACGGCGGCUACGGCAAUCCAGGCGGGUUCAAUUACCCUGAGCACAGGUUCAUUCAGCUUGCGGAGGAAAGCUCACGGCCUGCAUUCCAGAUACUUGAAUCAUUGGUGGGCGCUGUGGGAAAUGUUGCCACGAUGCUCGACUCAACCUUCUUCGCAGUUACAAGCUCAUUCCGUGCGGUGCUAAGCGUAGCAGCCAAUUUGGCACAUUUAAAAGGGACAUUCGCUCAGUUCUGGUCAUCGCUGGCCCUCGUUAGAGCGGCUGUAUGGUUGUACAAAAAGAUUCUAUACAAGCUACGGAUCACGAAAACAGACCCCGCUUUGGAGGCGUUCAAAGAGGCAUUCAAUCUAUCGAAAUCUGUCGAUGGCACAGGAUCGAACACUACGCAAAAACAUUCUUCUUCACUGCUCGCAGCUUUGUUUAUGGGCUUUAUGCUUUCUGUUCCCUAUAUGCUGAUAAAACUGUUCGCACCAAAGAUGAACGAGGACACAAUGUCUGCUGAUCCCAGCCGAUGGGUUAAUCCACUAGAAGUGAACGUGUUGCACAACUUUGAUGCAUCCAAUCCUCAGGAACUGACGAUUCGUGCUGGACAAAUGGUGCUACUGGCUCCGAAGCAAAUUCAGUUGGACAGACAUUUGUUAAACACAGGAUGGGUGCUAGCGGCGGCAAUCGAUCGUAAAUCAACUGGAAUCAUUCCUUUAAACUAUGUGCAAGCUUUGAAGCAAAUGGGAGAGACUCAAUAAGCUCACAGCAAACAUGGUAAGGGUACCGAG